GGUGAGAUAUUAACUAGCGGUAUUGUUCAAGUGUGUGAUAAAUACAUCGCAGUAACAUAAGCUAGUUGUCGCCAUGCUAUUGAAGUACACUCAGAACGCUUUCAUCGAACGAAUCGACUAAUUAGUAUAAAGCGAAUAGACGCUAUUCUUUCAGCUGUGGAUCAGAAAAGACAGGAAUGCGCUUAUAAGAUUCUUUGGCGUUUCAUACUCUUAGUAACUUAACAGAGCAGAAGUUGGUAGCCGUGUAUGUUUGAGCAGUUGAGUUAACAGUCAAGGACGCACACGAGAAACUUGGAAGCGUCGAGUCGCCGCAGACGCACGGUUGCAGGCAGAAGUGUUUCUAUCGUUGGGAAGGAUGGCUGCUGCGGAGGUGCUGCUGACCAUAAGUAAUCCUGUGCUUAAGGCAUACCUCUUCCAUGUUGGAGUACUUGGACUAAAAAUGCUGUUGAUGUCUCCGCUCACAGCACGCCAGCGUUUUAAGCAUAAGAUUUUUAUAAGUCCUGAGGACACUGCGGCUACGAAAGGUGCCAAAGUGAAAUAUGAUCAUCCUGAUAUUGAACGAGUGAGGAGGGGACAUCUAAAUGAUUUGGAGAACAUCACAGUGUUCUUUAUUGUGGCACUAGCAUAUCUGCUAACAAAUCCAUCUCCAGGUCUUGCCAUCAAUCUGUUCCGAGCAUUUACUAUAGCACGAAUUGGCCACACAAUUGUGUACUGUGUCAUACCAAUUCCACAACCUACUAGGUUCUUACUUUGCUUUGUUGGUUGGGCCAUCACACUUUACAUGGCAGGCAGUGUGAUACUUCACUGUCUUUGAUAUGAAACAUUACAAAUGUAGUUUUUUAUCAUGAUAAAACAUUUUAUUUGAAACAAAUUUGCAAUUAAUUUUGUACAUAUUGUGGUAAGUAAUAGUUUUUAAUCUGACGGGCUGAUGUAUUACUUCUAUGAAUGAUUUGCUCACUCUGCCUAAUGUUUUUACAGUGGCAUGAUGUAAACAGACAUAAAAACAGAAAUAAAGACUGUUUGGUACACAGUAAAA